AUGACUGAGGACUACGAUAUCUACAAGGAAGGUGGACUUCUACGUGGGCGAUAUAAGAAGCUCGACGAUAUCAGCGAGGGCUCGUACGGCUACGUGUCACUUGCAAAUGAUACUCAAACCAAGAAACUCGUGGCAGUGAAGUACAUUUUCAAGAGUGACAGCCAUGAUUCCCAAAACAGCUCCAAGAAGAAUUCGGCAAGAUCUGAAAAUGAUGAUACGCAUAACCAGCAACACAAGCAUCAGAAAUCUUUGAUUUCAGAAAAAGUGCGCUCUCGUCUUUCAAAGAACAUCUGCUUCGAAGCCCUAUACGAGGUGGACAUUCACACCAAAGUGGGCAAACACGAGAAUAUCACCGAAUUGUUUGACUAUUUCGAUUCCUUCAUCAUAAUGGAGUACUGCUCUGGAGGAGAUCUUUACGAAGCCAUCAGAGCUGAUUUAGUACCAAAAAAAACCAAGAUUAUCACACACAUUGCGUCUCAAAUAAUGGAAGCUAUUGACUUCGUACAUCAAAAAGGAAUUUAUCACAGAGAUGUCAAGCCUGAAAACAUUCUAAUCCAGGGAUCAGAUUGGAAAAUCAAAUUGACUGAUUGGGGGCUGGCCACCACCGAUAAGAUCUCAUCGGACAGAAGCGUUGGUAGCGAAAGGUACAUGUCGCCUGAAUUGUUUGAAGAUAACUUGGAUCGUGACGAAGGGUCCGAGCCAUACGUCUGCAGCAAAGUUGACAUAUGGGCGAUUGGGAUAGUGAUGCUCAACAUCGUAUUCCACAAAAAUCCCUUCAGUGUAGCCAAUCAAACCGACAAAUCAUUUUGCUAUUUUGCAGCGAACAGAGAAGCCCUUUUUGACAUCUUUUCCACCAUGUCAUUCGACUUUUUCCAAGUCUUGAGACACAGCUUAACAAUAGAUCCCUCAAACAGAGAUCUGUCCAGCAUGAAAAGGGAACUUGCACAGCUCGGGGAAUACACCAUAGAUGACGACUACUACAAUUCUUUGACAGACGACGGCUAUUCACCCCCGAAGAUUAGUGAGUAUAGCGCGACUCCAACAUCUGCUUCCGCUACUCCGGUCAUAGUGGAUGCAGUAGCGGAGGCCAAAAUUCCUCGAAUCUCUGUCGAGGAGAUCAUGCCUCCCGCUGUUAUUACAGAAAAAGUUCAGGAUAAAGACCCUAUUCCGAAGUUUACUUUUAGAAAGCGCAGUCAUCCCCAAAGGGACAGUGGCCACAAGAAAGCGAAUCCGAUUAAGAUUGACGCAUCGAACGUGGUCAAAAACGGCCGUAAGCCUUUGGGAAUCCCCACUCCAAACACCCACAUCAACAACUUUUUCCAACAAUAUCAUGAAAAAGAGCAGGAAGAAUUUAACACCCGCGACUUUUUCACUCCUCCCAGUGUGCACAACAGGUACAUGGAGGGAAUCUUUAACACAAAUGGGACUAAGAAUCGUGGACAUAAGAAUCGAAGACCCAGUUCCAAUGGCCAUCAGAAAUCUGCACCAAAAAGCAACGGUGGCCAUCUUUCGGCAUUCAACAAUCGGAGAGGUUCCACUUUUUCGCAGAAUUCCCCUUCGGGCAAAUACGUCCCACCUCACUCGCGGCCCAGUUCCUUUCAUAAUGGAUCCCCCAACAUCCCAAACAUAACCGGUGUGUUGGGUAGCGUUCAUGACAGUCCAACUGUACUCACAAAGACCACAUAUCACGAGCAGCACGCACCCCCCAUUGAAAACAAUGAAAAUGAUCUAGAUGACGUUCUUUUCACACUUGAAGAGAAUGACAUGGACAGCUUUACCAACGAAAUGGAUGGGUUGCUGAUCACCGUUGAUCCUUUGAAGAAGCCUUUGAGUGCCAUCAGAUCUCCUGAGCCCUCCACUAGCAGCGGGGCAGGUGAUUUUCCUGACUUGCUGAAGUCACCUGCCUUGAGCGAGGCAGGUUUGAAGGAAAGCGGGACCAACACCUUCUUCAAGGAUAUCAGCCAACAUGCCCCGGUAUCCACGUCACCAUCCUAUAAGCUCAAGCACGGGCUUUAUGUUCCACCUCACCACAGGAAGAGUUCAAACGCCGGGACAGUUGGCCAUCAACACUUCUCACCCCAGGGGGGUGAAACCACGAUAUCUGUUGGAAGUAACUCGGUAAGCUACGGACAAAUGCAUCACAAGCGCCGAAGCUCUCAAGCUUUACAAGAUGGGCAAUCUACAUUGCGUGGAAAGUCAUUCAUGGCUCAAAACCACGGACAAGCUACCACAGAGGUUCAGAACAACGAUAUUUUCGCGGAUUCUAAUGCCCUGGUUUUUGAAGAUGACGAGAUUGCGUCUUCACCGUUCGCGUCCAACAACAACUUCCAGCCAGCCAGUUACAAUUCCUUCAAAAAUGUAAGAACGGAGAGAAAGUCUAGUUCAAUACAGGACGAGUUAAUUGGUUCAUUAGAACAGUACAAGAACAACUGGCUGAUGCUACAACAACAAGAUUGA